AUGCCUUCGGCUUUCCUUACUGCCUUGGUUCCCUUGUUGUCAAUUGCUCUCGCUAGAGGCUUUACUCCUCUGGUUUCCAAACGCGUACCAUGGGACCAAAUACCUUACAAGGUCGACACAGACGUUGGGCUUAUCAGAGGAGACCAGCUGGGAUAUAACAUUUGUAACUCCACGACGGAAGGACCUACGUCUCUCUGUCAGACCGCGUAUAUCAACUCUCUAGAUGAUUUCUGCAUAUGGGCCCCUCCGAACCCCGGAAAGACCGUCGGAGAGAUCGAGGGCGAGAUGAUCGCGUGGUGUACAAAACCUGGCCAUGGAACGCGUGUCAUGCCUGAAGGGACACUGACCGGUGUCCAGCUUACGAAGACACCGGAUUAUAUUCAAGUUGUUGGAUUCAUGGAUCAGACGAAGAUAAACAUGGUGGCUGGUGAUGAAGGUGGAGAGAUGGAUCCUCACGGAGCGGAUCAGAGGGGAAAUCCUAUGGGAGGGUUGGUUUACACCAAUGCUUUCACCGGAACAUAUACUCAGGUCAUCGAAUGGCACAAUUUUAAUGGUGGUAAUUACUUCUGCUUUAAGGCAUGCGAUCCGCGAGGCAAGGACGAUGCGAAGUUCUGCCAACAUAUUUACGACACACAGGGAUGCGGGUUUAACGCGCCUUCAAAUGCAAAAGACAAAGUCUUUGAAUCCUGUGCUGGUGACUCUCAGGCAUUCCCUGGUGUCGGUCCACCAGUAGUGCCGUCCAGCUUCUCUUGCAGUCAAUACCAAAGUACAGAUAUCUAUCUGAAAGGCACUCAGGUCCCCGUCCCCGGCGCCUCCACUAUUUCGUUCAGUUCAACGCCCACGCCAUCUCUUCCUAGUACGAAGUCAUCCCAAUCACCUACAUCUGGAGCAACCACUGGGUCUAAGACUAACAGCGGCAGCUCUGCUCCUAGUCAAACCAGUAAUGCUGGUGCGAUAGCUGUCCCGGCCAUCAUGUCCAUGGCAGGCCUCCUACUUCCUUUACUUUUGCUCAAUUAA